GGGAAGCGUUGGGCCGCCGACGACAAGGACCUCCGUACCCGGAGCCUUUCUGGCUGAGCGACCGCGGCGCCUUCGGCGAGCCCGGACCCAACAUGCACCCCGAGGCCUCGGAGCCGCCGGCGGACGGCGCGGCCGAGCCCGACUGCGCACCCGAGCCCAGGCUGGAGGAGUCGGCGGGCGACCACUGCGACGCGGGCCCAGGGGUCCGCAAGGAAGACAUUAAUGAGACUAAGGAGACGUGUGUGGGACCUUCUGCUUCAUCCUGCCAAAGUCAGCGGCAGCAGAGCGGUGACAGCGGGUCAGAGGGUCACUUAGCACACACCCAGAAUGACAGGGACAAUCGGAGCCCCAGAAUGACCAAACAGGUCCUGCAGCAGCUCUGCAGGCAGCACAAGCUGUACCUCACCCCCGCCCUGAACGACAUGCUGUAUUUACACUUCAAGGGCUUUGACCGCAUUGAGAACUUGGAGGAGUACACCGGCCUGCGCUGCCUCUGGCUGGAGUGCAACGGCAUCCAGAGGAUCGAGAACCUGCAGGCCCAGAGUGAGCUGCGCUGCCUCUUCCUGCAAGUGAACCUGCUUCACAAGAUCGAGAACCUGGAGCCCUUGCAGAAGCUGGACACCCUCAACCUGAGCAACAACUACAUCAAGACCAUCGAGAACCUCUCGUGCCUCCCGGUCCUGAACACACUGCAGAUGGCCCACAACCGCCUGGAGACUGUGGGAGACAUUCAGCACCUCAGGGAGUGCCAGCGGCUGUGUGUGCUCGACCUCUCCCACAAUAUGCUGAGCGACCCAGAGGUCCUCAGUGUGCUGGAGAGCAUGCCGUGUCUGCGGGUGCUGAACUUGAUGGGAAACCCGGUGAUUAAGCACAUUCCUAACUACCGGAGGAUGGUCACCAUUCGCCUUAAGCAUUUGACAUACCUGGACGACAGGCCAGUUUUCCCCAAGGACAGGGCAUGUGCAGAAGCCUGGGCCCGGGGAGGGUUCGAAGCUGAGAAGGAAGAGCGGUAUCUGUGGGAGAGCCGGGAACACAAGAGGAUCACAGACAGCCUGGAAGCCUUGGCCAUGAUCAAGCAGCGGGCUGAGGAGAGGAAGAGGGCGAGAGACCGGGGGGAGAUGCUGCCUCCAGACAGUGGGGAGAGUGUGCCCACCUGCCUGGAGGAGCAGGAAGAGCCUCUCGUGGGAGAGGCGCGGCAGAAAAUGGAGCUGUUUGUGAAGGAGAGCUUCGAGGCCGAGGACGAGGUCUUCCCAGAGAAGCGGGAUGGGGAAGAGCAGCUGGCUGCAAUGGUUAACAGAGAGCCAGAGGAUCUGGUCCUGGAGGGGAGCCUGUCUGCUCAGACCCAGAACCCCCUGGUGGCCGCACCUGAAGAGUCCACAUCCCUCAUGGCCGAGACUGAGAAUGUGUUUGUUAGUGAGCUUGAGGGGACCAGAACCAGAGUUGCAGAGACCACCGCCCUGGAGACCCAGGAAAAACUCUUCAUAGAUGACCUACCUGACUUGGAAGAUGUUGAAGGCACAGACCCAUCUUUGGAUGACCAGAUGAAGGAAACCUGCUUCUUGAAGGUUCAGACCAUCUCGAGCUUGAGUGAGGACAGCUACUCUGAUCCGGAUGGCUCUUCCCUCCCGGUGCUCAAGCAUACGCCCACAGGUGCCCUGUCACACAUAUUCGCUCUCUCCAAGGACCCCUCAGACGUGGCCAAGCUGCCUUUUGCAGACAUUUGCAAGUCAGCGGCGACAACAGAUACAGAGACCUCAAGUCAAGGCAGCAGCACUGCCUUGCCUUCUGCCUCACCCCGACCCCUUAUCCAGGAGCUCGAGGACUGCAAGUCAAGCCAGUCACCAGCACCGAUUUUUUCAAGUGAUCCUACGUCUGCCUAGUUGAGUGAUGGGGCCAGCCGGCCAUGGCCAGCUGCAGCUUCUCUACCAGGAGACAGAGCUCACGAGGAAGCAGAGUCUGGGAUGGGCCCCGAGGAGCCCAGCACCGGGGCUGGCUGGGAGGACAUUGAAUUUGGCUUGGACUGAGCCCAAGGCAGCCCACAUGACUGCCAGCCUCGCAGCAGCGGCCCAGUGGCCACAGGACAUCCUUCCUCUACUGGGCACCACGCGGGGCCCUGGCUGUGGCAGGUGCUGUGCAGGCAUGCCUGGGGUACCAUGUACCUAUUGUGUCAAUUCCUAGUUACCACAGCACAGAUUUUAUGACUAAAGAAUAGAAGUGCUGUACCACCCAUACUGGUCAGAGUAUUACUGGACUGGCAA